AUGGUGGAGCCGGAGAAGACGCACGUGUUGCCAUUGAAGGAUGCGAAGAAGCUGCCGGAACUACCACCGUUGGACAGCCCACCGGAGAUAGGGAAGAGCAGCGCGGACACGACGCCAACGAGUUCAACACAGUCCCCCGACAGGACAUCGAAGCCAUGGACACCAGUGGAAAAGGAUCAGGCAAUAGACAUCCCACAGCCAUCAUUUAGCCUGUCGCUGAAGGGAACCCGCCCGCCAAGACUCGUUUCGAAAGAUGUCCGCCCAAUGACCGCUUCCACCAAGCGCUUGUCCUUCUCUAAGUUGUCGUCGGAGAGGACCAUUAAAUACGGCUCGGGAAAGCAUGCGCAUGUAGAGUUGGUCCCCCAACCGAGUGAAGACGCCACGGAUCCUCUGAACUGGCCCAUGUGGAGGAAGAACUUGAAUUUCGUGGCGCUGCUGUACAUGGUUGCGCUUGUGGGAGUAAUGAAGACGAUUUUUAUCAGUGUGAACAGCACCAUUGCGGUGACCAAUAACGUGUCUUACACGGCAGUAGCGGCCUUGACUGCUGUCCCUUUAAUGGUAUCGGCCUUAGCUGGGGUGAUGAGUUCAAUAUUCGCGAAGGUAUACGGGAAGCGGCCCAUGUAUCUGGCCUCGACGACCUUGAUAUUUAUUGGUGCGGUGUGGAAUACGUCUGUUAUGAGUAGCUUCGGGCAGAACAUGGCUGCACGAGUCUUCCAGGGACUGGGUUGGGGCGCAUUUGAUACCUUGGUGCUGGCGUCGCUGCAGGAUACCUUUUUCGAUCACGAACGUGGUUCCCGAAUCAUGAUCUACUACGGCGUGUCAGUUGCGACGACGUGGGGCACCCCUUUGCUCGGUGGUGUUGCAUCUGCCAGCUCCAUGGGGUUCAGCCUCCAAUAUGACAUUCUGAACUGCUUCCUAGUAAUCGGCAUGCUGCUAGUCGUCUUCGGUGCUCCGGAGACCGCUUUCGAACGACAACAGCUGUACAAGGCCCAGACCCCACAGCAGGAUUUUUCCCAGCAAGGAGCAUGGCCGACUAUGACCUUCACCCCAGCGGCAGCGAAGGCGUACCUUUACAAGAUGAAGCCAUGGUCCUACCAGGUGACAUCGGUGAACACUGGGCUUCUCCUCCAAGUACCGCGCGCCAUCGCGGCCCCGACGACGAUCCUCCUCUGCAUCGUCACCCUACUGCCAUACGCCGGGCUCUGGGGCCUGGCAAACUCCAUCUCGCUCCUCUUCUCUAUCAUGCCCUUCAUGCUCCCAUCUAACGCAAUUGGCACGCUCCUCACGGGGCCCUUUAUCAUGGGCACGAUUGUGGCAGUGGCUCUUGUUACCCCUUACUUCGCAACUCGAUUUACUCCCAAAGUCCAUGUAACUACUCUCGCCGCCGCGACGGGCCUAGCCUCCAGUGCGCUGCUGACUUUGGGGCUCUACAUCGAAGGCUGUAUGAUGAUGCCCGUCUCGCCCGACGUCUCCGCCGACGCCAAACCCCUAAGCACAAUGUGGAGCAUCGGCUCCAGCGGCUCCUCCAUGAGCUUCCCUUUCAUCUCCCUCCUUCUCGGCCUGUUAGCAGCCGGGUCUCUAGCCCUCGACUCCACGAUCCGGCCCAUGAUCCAGCGAUCCACGGCGUUCACGUCGUCCAGCCUCAAUGUGUGUCUCCGCAACACGGCCGAUAUGCACGCCGCCAUCACUUGUCUGCGCAAUUUCGUCGCGGGGGCCUUGGUGGUCGGGCUGCCGAGUGCCGUUUGGGCUUGGGAUGGGCUCAGGUCGGUGUGUAUUGGACUUGGCGCGGCGCAAGUGUUCGUUGCGGCGGUGGUGGGGGUUACGUGGUGGGGGUGGGAGGAGAAUGUUAGGAGGCUGGAUGGCAGGGUUAUGGGCUUGGUGGAUUUGAAGGGGUUGAAGAAGCAGGGAAGCUUCUUCAAUAUGGAUUAG